GAGAGGGAGGCAGGAGGAGCGUGGAGUGCAGUGUGUUUCAGGCUGAGCAGUCAGGCUGAGCAGUAGCUCAAGUGAGCGAACCGUCGCUGCGUUGCUGCUGCUUUUCCUCUCUUUUUUCCUUCACAGCUGUUCCUCCCAGGGUCUCUCCUUGAUGAAGCUUUCCUCCUGAAGCAGCGUGGUGGUAGCUUGGAAGAGGAGGAACUCGUCUGCGAGCUGCAGAAUCCUUUCAGUGGUUCUGACUAAACUGGAACCAAGUGGAAGCUACUACCAGGCAACUAGGGAUUACAGCAAGUGUGAAGUGGAAUUUUGAUUGUGGAUCUCUGUUUGAUUUUUAAAAUGACUUUCCGGAUGUUGUUUUAUUUUCCCUCCACAAGCUUCCUCGUGAAAGGAAAGGGCGAAAUUCAUUGCAUGCUUAGCUCAGUUCCCUUUUGAAAUCCAGCUGCUGAUCAUUUGGACCCAUUACUUUAGUCAAUUGACUGAUCAGGUGGACUUUUUCCACACUUGCAAAACCCUCUGAUUUAUUAAAGCUGUUGAAAUCGUAGUGAACAUCUCUGUGACAGAUUGACAAGGUGGGAGGGCGCAUGUUCAUUUGGCAGCUGCCAAGAAAAUGCCAGCCAUCCUGGUGGCCUCAAAGAUGAAGUCAGGACUCCCUAAACCCAAGCCAGUGCACAGCGCCGUGCCCAUUCCUCAGGCUCCCAGCCGGCCGUCAGUUCUCGCUUUGCCUCCAGCUUCCCUGAAGACCCACAUCCCCUCACUGGGCCAGCACUCGACCUCACAACCCCAGAGGAGCAAGGCAGCAGAGCCGCAAACUGGCGGAAGCCCACAGAUCUACACGGACUGGGCCAACCACUACCUCGCCAAGUCGGGACACAAGCGUCUCAUCAAGGACCUCCAAACGGACGUGACUGAUGGAGUUCUGCUGGCUGAUAUCAUACAAGUUGUAGCUAAUGAGAAGAUUGACGACAUCAAUGGCUGUCCCAAGAGCCGCUCUCAGAUGAUUGAGAACAUAGAUACCUGCCUCACCUUCCUGGCAGCCAAAGGCGUCAACAUCCAGGGUCUGUCUGCUGAAGAGAUCCGCAAUGGGAAUCUGAAAGCCAUCCUCGGCCUCUUUUUCAGCCUGUCCCGCUACAAACAGCAGCAGCAGCAAAACUUGCAGCCCAGUCUCCCCCCCACAGCACAGCCUCAGAGCUGUCACCCCCCCCUCAGCCACCAGAGCAGUGCCCCGGCUCAUCUCAGCCAAUCUCCGCAUGGGAGUCUUAUCGCCACAGCUCAGAAAACAGCCCAGUCCGAGAUGCAGUCCAGGGAUGUGAUUCAGAGUAAACUGCUCAAGUUUUCCAUUGGUCAGAAAAAGACCUCUAGGCUACCUGGCCCCACAACAAGGGUGUCCACUGCAAGCAGUGACUUUCCUCCCCGAGGCUUGGUCAGUUCUUCUGGAAACAGACGUAGCCAGGCCUUCAGUGACAAGACCAAAGCUAGCUCUCAACUGGUCAAAGAUUCCUCUGACUCUUUAUGUGCAACUGAGCAUGCUCCAUCACCAGCACUGACCUUCAGCUCCUCCACCAGCACCUCAGCUGCUCCCUCCAUCCUGGUUCCUUCCUCUCUCUCAUCAUCCUCCUCCACCGCCAUUCCCCAACCCAAUAACAGCAGCAAACCCUGGAGGAGCAAAUCAACAAGCUCCAAGCAGGCGUCUUCUCAGACCCCAUCUUCAACAACCGCUCCCUCAUCAGCCAUGCAGUCCAGCAAACAAGACAGGGACACAUCCGGUAAGGCUGCUUUAGCAACUGAUGCUCCUCCCAAGCCUGUUCCUCAGAAGUCAAUGCUGGAGAAGUUUAAGCUUUUCAACAGUAAAGGAGGGUCAAAAUCUUCCCUGACCUCCUCUUCCUCCAAUGGGGUGGAACCCCAACCAGACAGUGCUGCCCCAGCCAGGAGGCCAGGAGCAACCACGGGGGAAAAAUCGGAAACUGGCUCUAUUACCGACCCCCUAGAGGAGGAUGAAGGAAACCACCGGCCAGGAUUAAACGGAACCAGCAACGGGGUGGCAGCUCCCUCAGCUGCCACUGCAGUUGCUACAACUGCCAGCAGUCCCAAGAUGGCUCUCAGGGGCAUUGCCCAGCGCACAUUUAGCAGAGCUCUGACCGCCAAAAAAGGCUCUGCUAAAGGCCCUGAAAAAGAUAAAGACAAAGAGAGGGGGAAAGAGAAAGGGAAGGAGGUGGGGAGGCGAGGCCCUGACAGGGCAGAGCUCAGAAGUGAGGAGUUAAAGGUGGAACCAGCGUCUGCCCCUGCAGAGGCUGAUGUGUCAAACAAAAGAUCUUCCAAAAUUGCCAGUUUCAUUCCUAAAGGGGGGAAAGUGGCCAAAAAGGAGAGUUCUGCCCCCGCCCUUAGCGGAAUACCAAAGCCAGGGAGCAAAGCUCAAGGGGGUAAAGCUUCCUCAGUCAAGGAGUCGGGGGAGAGGCCCCGGAGCAUGCGGCUCGUAGGGGGGCUCGUCAUGCAUCGUGGGGCCCUGGACAGAGACCGGGACAGCAGACACUCCAGCUCUACCUCCAGCUUGGCCUCCACAGAAGGAAAACCCAGCGUCUCCAAUGCGGGCGGAGGAGGAACCACUCAGAGCACAGCCAGCAACACCGUCAGUGUGCAGCUACCUCAGACACAGCAACACCACAGUCACCCCAACACCGCCACCGUCGCACCUUUCAUGUACAGAUCCCAAACAGAUGAAGACGGAACAGAGGACGGCGGGAACAGUUCUUGGGGAGGAAGUGGAGACGCCUCCUGCACCAAAACCAACCAUACCCCCAUGGAAGACCUUUCAGGUGAAGAUCCAGAAACGAGACGGCUGCGUACUGUCAAAAACAUCGCAGACCUGCGGCAAAACCUGGAGGAGACCAUGUCCAGUCUCCGAGGAACUCAGGUCACGCAUAGCAGCUUAGAAACCACCUUUGAUGGCAGCAUCACCACAGACAUCAGCAGCAGUGGAGGCAGCAAUAACAACAGCGCAGGUGGUCGAAGUAUCCUCAGCCUUUCUUCUGCCCGCUCCUCACUGUCGCCAUGGAGGUUGGGCCAGUCCAGCCCUCGUCUGCAGGCAGGCGACGCUCCUUCAUUGGGCAAUGGCUACGGUGCUCGGAUAGCUGGCGGACAGGCAGGACGCUACCUGUACCCUGGGCACCUCCGGAGACAGCUGGCUGGCAGGGGAGGAGCUCUGUGCAGCUUGGACCUCGGCGACAGAGCUGCGGGGGACAUUGAGCUGGACGGGGUCGCCAUGGAGGUGACGGGAUACAUGAGCGACGGAGACGUGUUGAGCAAGAAUGCUGUGCGCACUGAUGAUGUCACCAGCGGUUACUUGACCGACGGUGGUUUGGGUUUGUACACCCGCCGGAUGAACCGUUUGCCCGAUGGCAUGGCUGUCGUACGAGAGACGCUUCAUCGGAACACGUCGUCGGGGCAGGGAGACGCUGAUAGCUGGGACGACAGCAGCUCUGUGAGCAGUGGCAUCAGCGACAACAUCGACACAGAUGACAUCAACACCAGCUCCUCUAUUUCCUCCUACACCAACACGCCCGCAGCGCAGCGCAAGGGCCACAACGCACAGCCAGUUACGGAUGCAGAGAAGCACUCUGCCUCAGCAGACGUUCACCAAGCCUGGGCAGGAGAAGAGGUGAAGAAGCCAGUCGAAGGAUCAGACAGCGGGAUCAGGAUGGACUCCAAAUUAAACCGCAGGAACCCUUAUACCGCAGAUGAGUCAGAUAAAAGUGGCUCGGGACGGAAGACCCCCUCAGCCUCCCACACAGGCUCCUGGAGAAGAGGCAUGAGCACUCAGGUGGGGGUGACUUCACCUCGGACAAAAAGCACAAGUAGCACAGGCUCCACAGGUUCAACUGGCCUCAAGAGCCACAGUUCAGGUAAAACAGAUGAUGUUAAGGUUUCGGAAAAAGGACGCCUGUCUCCUCAAUCAAACGGCCUCCAUCGCUCCCCCUCAGACGCCGGACGUAGCAGUGGAGACGAAACAAAAAAACACUCUGCCCCCGCCAGCCGCCAGACCGCCACAAAUACACUCACGCAUACCUCCUCCGACCCCCCCGCCCAGAUGCAUACCCUGGUUUCACGCACCCCGACCAGCACUUUUGGCUUCAAGAAGCAAGGUUCUGGAGUGGUAACCAUGGUUACGGCAAGUGGUGCCACCAUCACCAGUGGGUCAGCCACUCUAGGGAAGAUGCCUAAAUCAGGGGCACGCUCACUGUCAGGAGGUUUGAAGUCCAGUGGGCCGGACGGAAGCUCAUUGUUGGGUCAUCAUGACGACGGCUUUCUCCCCAUGAGUGCCCGCUCCACUCUUCAGUACCGCAGUUUGCCAAGACCCAGCCGCUCCGGAGCCGCAGCGCGCAACGGAAACCGCUCCUCCACCAGCAGCAUUGAGGCGGCGGUGCUUUCUGUCACCUCUCAUGGGAAAAACUCUUUCAGCAUCAACAAGCCAAACAGCUCUGGAGGCCUGUUGACCAAUCAGACGGACAGAGAGAAGGGGGGGUCGGAGACCGACAACCUCAGGAGCGCAGGAGCGGCAACUGUUCCUUUGACAGGAAGACAGCAGGUUUCUUCGCCGACGCUGCGCAGAUUAUUUGGUGUGAAGCCCAGUAAACAGGCUCCUGUCACUACAGCUGAAAACAUGAAGAACUCCACUGUCAUCUCAAACCCUCAUGCUACCAUGAACCAUGUUGCCACAGUCUUGGAGUCCCCUGAUGGAGGCCUGGCAGGUGGGGACGCUGAGGCCAGCUACCCUCUAAUUGGAGGCAAAGUACUGGGUUCAGGGACAGGGACGCUGGGCAGUGAGCAGGCCUCCAGUCCAGGAUCAGUCUACUCCUCCACUGGCCCCUCCAACAGCCUGACAUGGGGGACUACCUUCAGUGGCUCCUCUGUCCCAAGCAGGGAGGGUACUCUGGGUGGACAUGGUGGAGCGGGUAGCAUGGGCUUCCCCUCAGUCAGCAGUAUGCACACAAGCAGCGAGUCCAUCGAUAUGAGCCUGAGCAGCGCCGGUGGCCAUGGGAACCACAGGGAGGACACGCUGUCCGCUCUGGGUCGCACUGCUAGCGUCAAAGUUGGCGUGUCUGAGAGUCCCCUGUCCUCCCCCUCUGCUAGCCCCAUAUUCAGCCGAAACACUCUACCUCGGAGGCAGGACAGCGGGCCACACUGUGGUAGAAACACUCUUCCUAAGAAGGGAUUCAGGUAUGGCCCUUCACCUCAGCUACGAGGCCAGGAAGAGGCACGUGACUGGCUGCGUUCACACUCCACCAGCGGGCUGCAGGACUCUGCUAGUAACUCUCCAUUCUCCCCUGGAUCCAGCCUUACCUCUCCUUCUGGCACUCGCUUUAACUUCGGACAGCUGGCAUCCAGCCCAACCUCAGCGGCUCAGAUCAAUCUUGCUAGUUUGCGCAACAACAGCCUGACCAAUCAAGACACACCGUUUGAACCCUGUAACGACAACCGGCUGAGGAACUCCUGCAUGUCGCUCGAUGAGAAGACUCGCACAAUGAGCCGAUCCGGAUCCUUCAGGGACGGCUUUGAAGAAGUACAUGGAUCGUCUCUGUCCCUGGUCUCCAGCACUUCUUCCAUUUACUCUACGAAUGAGGAGAAGUCUCAGUCAGAGAUUCGUAAGCUGCGCCGAGAGCUGGAUGCCUCCCAGGAAAAGGUUUCCGCCCUGACGACACAGCUGAGUGCAAAUGCUCACCUGGUGGCAGCGUUUGAGCAGAGUCUGGGCAAUAUGACCCUCAGACUGAAGAGUCUCACCUUGACUGCAGAACAAAAGGACUCUGAACUGAAUGAACUUCGGAAGACCAUCGAACUCUUGAAGAAGCAGAACGCUGUUGCUCAGGCCACCAUCAACGGAGUCAUUAACACGCCUGAACUCACACCUAAAUGCAAUCGGACAGCUGGUAAUAAUGGCAGUCCACAGCAGCAGCAGCCAGACCUGCGCAUCAGGCGGCAGCACUCCUCCGACAGCGUCAGCAGCGUUGCCAGUGCAACCAGUCAGUCCAGCAUUGGCUCCAACAUGGAUGCUGAUUCUAAAAACAAGAAGAAGAACAAGAAGAACUGGCUUCGAAGCUCCUUCAAACAAGCUUUCGCCAAGAAGAAAUCGCCCAAAUCUGCCUCUUCACACUCAGACAUUGAGGAGAUGACAGAUUCUUCACUACCAUCCUCUCCCAAGCUGAAUCACAACGGCGCUUCAGCCACCUCUCAUAUGCUCAGGAAUACACACUCCAGCUCUCUCCUUUCGGAGUGUUUGGACAGCGAGGCGGAGACGGUGAUGCAGCUGCGGAGUGAGCUCCGGGAAAAGGAAAUGAAGCUGACUGAUAUCCGCCUGGAGGCUCUCAGCUCUGCACACCAGCUUGACCAGCUCCGGGAAGCCAUGAACCGCAUGCAGCUGGAGAUUGAGAAGCUAAAGGCAGAGAAUGACCGUCUGAAGGUGGAGAAUCAGGGGAGCAGGACGGGUUCCCAAGCCUCCAUCUCUUCCUCUCCUUCACCUCACACACUCAGUCAGACUGCAGUGCCUGGGCCUGGACUCUCUCAACACAGCCUUAACCUAACCUCUAGUGAAUCCACCAGCCUGGACAUGUUGCUCGAUGACACCGGUGGAGAGGGAGCAGCCAGGAAGGAGGGCCGACACGUGAAGGUGGUUGUCAGUCUGGAUGAAGGAAGCAAGUGGGGAGAGGGGAGCCAGUCUCAUCACUUUCUGAUUGGUUGCAUUGGGGUUUGUGGAAAAACCAAGUGGGAUGUCCUGGACGGUGUAGUCCGACGCCUCUUUAAGGAAUAUAUCUCCCAUGUGGACCCGGUGAGCCAGCUAGGUCUCAGCACAGACAGCAUACAGGGUUACAACAUCGGUGAAGUCCACCGGCCCAGCAGGCUCAGCACCACCAGCACGCCAGAGCUGCUGCCAUGUGGAUACCUGGUGGGAGACAACUCCAUCAACAUCCAGCUCAAAGGUGCAAGCAGUGACAGUGUGGACUCUCUGGUGUUUGAAACGCUCAUCCCAAAGCCCGUGCUGCAGCGUUAUGUCUUCCUGCUGAAGGAGCACAGGCGGGUCAUUCUGUCGGGCCCCAGCGGCACAGGAAAGACGUACUUGGCCAAUCAGCUGUCACGACAUCUGCUGCUGCUUGAGGGCCGACCUUUGACCCCAAAUGCUGUUGUCACUUUCAACGUGGACCACAAGUCCAGCAAGGAGCUCCAUCAGUAUUUGGCAGGUUUGGCAGAACAGUGCAGCAAUGUUUCAGAAACAGACUGCCCUCUAGUGGUCAUCCUGGAUAACUUGCAUCACGUCGGCUCAUUGGGCGAGAUCUUUAAUGGCCUUUUCAACUGUAACCACCAACGCUGCCCUUACAUUAUUGGCACCAUGAGCCAAGCCACGUCCUCUUCCCCCAACCUGCAGCUUCAUCACAACUUCAGGUGGGUGUUGUGUGCCAACCACGUGGAGCCGGUGAAAGGAUUCCUUGGUCGCUUCCUGCGGAGGAGGCUAAUCGAGACGGAGAUUGGCAGCAGAACACGCAACGUGGAGCUGGUGAAGAUCGUCGACUGGAUCCCGCGGGCGUGGCAACACCUCAACCGUUUCCUGGAGACUCACAGCUCCUCCGAUGUCACCAUCGGACCUCGCCUCUUCCUUCCAUGCCCCAUGGAUGUGGAGGGAUCCAGGGUUUGGUUCACUGAUCUCUGGAAUUACUCCAUUAUUCCCUAUAUGCUGGAGGCUGUGCGUGAGGGGCUGCAGCUUUAUGGCCGCAGGGCACCAUGGGAGGACCCCACAGCCUGGGUGAUCGAAAGCUGCCCGUGGUCUUCGACUCCCCCUCCCGGUGACUGGCCCCCACUCUUGAAACUCCGCCCAGAGGACGUUGGGUUUGAUGGUUACUCUGCCCCGAGAGAAGGGAUGCGGAAGGAGCCUCCCCAGAGCGACAGCGACGCAGACCCGUUGAUGAGCAUGCUGAUGCGUCUGAAAGAAGCUGCUACGUCGUCCAGCCCGCAGAGCUACGACAGCGACUCCAACAGCAACAGUCACCAGGAGGACCUCCUGGACUCUUCGUUGGAGUCCACCUUGUGAUGCCGUCAAAGCACAAUGAAAAAAGCUGCUCAAAGCGAACGUUUGUUCUCAUGAAGAGAACGCUUUACUGACCAGAUCCUUUUAUAUCCCAGAAAUGCAGCCGCCUUGAUUUGGGUGCAGGUCACCCAAACGUUAAAGGAUACAAGAGUUUCAGUAAAAAGACGAGAGUUUCUGCCGUUUUCUGUAUCUUCACCGCUGUUGCCCGCGACUCCUUCGUCAGGAGCUGAAAGUCUCCUUCAGCCAGACUGAAGGAAAGCACACAGCCUGUCCCUGGGGCGUUACCAUUAUCAUAAUCAUCACCAUCACCAGCGAUUCAGCUUACUUUCACACUAGCUGGAAGUUCUGCGUCAGUCCGGUCGAUGAGAUCCUUUGCACUUCUUAGCUGUGCUGGUGAACACUGCCUGAAGAUGGCAGCACCUGCAUUAUAACCUCUGAUGGACAGACAAGCGGACCUGCAGUUCCUUCUCUUUCUCCUCCAAGAGUCAUGAUAUCUGUGUUGUCACUGUAUGGGGGAUCGAUGAAGCCAAAAGAAGAGUUGAGUUCCACUCAGAAAUCAGAUGUUCUUUCAAAUCACUCUUCAGUUUCCACAAGCAUCAACAUAAUUGACUUUCGCCCCAACCUGGAGAAUGUGGUCGUUACAUCAUCACUGCAUGCUGGCUGGGGGUUUCCUUUUUAUCUGUCAAGUGCCUCGGCUGCUUUGUUUGGGCCCACCAGGAGCAAAUCUGCUGUUGCGGCCUGAAUAUGGGGCAACUCCACCUCUACAGUCUGGCUACAGUCUCUUCUCGUUUUGAUAAAGCUAAGUCUUUACACCCAAAGGAGCGGUGUUUGUCCUACAAAAGAAUUUCUUUUCAAACGAAACUUUAGAGCUCAUUGUGUGCAGUAACAGUUCUUACCACUACAAGAUAAAAGGAAAUGAUCACUAACGUUUGUCAGAAAUACCUGUUCAUCCCAUUGACUGUAAAUGAGAACUGGACCGAGUGACCCCUUCCCCCCCAUUCUAAACAGGAAGUAGCCGCUGGCUCUAAGAAGCCAAAAUCCCAUAGACUUUGCUUAUUCUGGCAAACAGAAUUACUCAGAUGUACAAUUUCAACAUGUUCUUGAUUUUUUUUUUAAAUUUUGUCUUUUUUCCACGUUUCUCAAGUUAUAAACCGACCAAUCAGAUGCCUCGAUAAAAGUGUUUGGCCCCCGCUGCCACGCCGCCCCAAGUCCAAUGUUUGAUCUGUAGAUUCUUGAAAGUCAGCUUUAAGUGGUGGCGGUGGGGACUUCCAACAAGCUCACUUCAGAUUGGUGAGAGUGGUUGCCAUAGAAAUGUUGACCAACUCGGACCAAUGACUGCUUACUGACGUCGUCUGGCUCCAACGUGGCGGCGUCCAUAGUGCGAAAAAUUCACGACGACAGUGACUCGUUUGAUUGGAGGCGGGGAUACGCCAUUUACAAUGGGUGACGACACACUGACUCUGUCCAGGUCUGUAAUACAGUCAAUGGUUUAUCACCAUCAUUCUCACAUAAAUGCACACAGACCAAACCUCAUCCACUUCCACAGUUUUUGACCCCCUGGGCACAUUGGCUAACGCUGACUGCUGUAGCACAAAUCUCCUCUGGUGCUUGACAACAAACAAUGCCUUAUUCUUUGCUAAGAUGAUGUGCAUUAGCUAAUUUUUUUUGUUUGUUUUUUAAACGGCUGUAAACUUGACAGGGCUCAGAGCUGACUCUCCACUUGCAGAAGACUUGAUCUCCCAUGAGUCCCCACUGCUGCUGGACUGAGCACAUACGAACAAGAAGCUGUGCUUUGGUUUUUGAAUUCACUCGCUUGUAUGUGUGACCCAGAGAACUGUUAAUAUUCGGAACCAAGCAAGUACAUUUUAUUGUGUGUUGGUGCUAUAAAGCAGAACCUUUAGAUUAACUGACAGGGUUAGGAGGUGUUUAAGAUGGAUGGAUUAUUUACCUCACAGCCCAAUCUUUGUUCUUUCAUGCUUGGUGAUACAUCAGCAAGAGUCACAUUGAGCUCAUUAAAUGAAAACUAGUGUACACGUUUAUGAUGAAAUGAGAACUCUUGCUGUUGAGAGAGAACACGUUUUUACAAUUCUAAAUCUAGGUUUUCUUGGUUUAUGCCUCUUAACCAGCCUAUAGAGACAAGCAGACAGAUGUGCUUCUUGGCUUUUUCUUUUCUUUUUUGUCGCUGAUCCCUAUGCAACAUUCACUUUUUUAUCUCUCAAAUAAAGCCAAAUGUGUAUUUUCUUUCUUUCUUUUUGCCCAGAGCAGUUACCACUGCCAGAAAUGUUCAAAUGUGACAAGAGGAGUUUUGGUCUCUGUCCAUCAAAACUGUCCUCCUGCAGUCUGAGCACAAAGACGGCUUCAGCUCACCUGAAUAACAUUGAAGAAGCUCCGUCAUUUCAUCACUCACAAACUCAAUGAAUGUUUAGCUCUCUUAGCCAUGUACAUUUCUAAACAGAUGUAACAUAUUUGUAUAUAGUUGGUAAUCUUACAUUUUGAUGACUUUUUUAGCUGAAUUGGUACAGUACUUGAAAAUGAGUAUUUUGUGUAAAGUCUCUUUACAUCAGAGCAGAAUGAUGAAGUUUGUCAUUUUUUGUCUGAAGAAUUAAAUCUGACAUUACAUUGGAACAGUCUUAAGUUAUUGUCAUCCAAUAAAAUUAUAAUUUAUGAUUUCA